CACAAAUACUCUUUUCACUCUCAUUUUGCAGACUGAAUUUCUGAUGACCUAAUGGAACCUAAUUUUCGAGUAGUGCUGUUUUGGGUCCUGGUGCUGCACUGUGGUUCUGCUGAAGGUAGCAUCCUGUACCGAGUCCAGGAAGAGCAGCCUCCCAACACUCUUAUUGGUAGCCUGGCAGCAGACCAGGGCCUGCCAGACUCAGGUCAUCUCUACAAGCUGGAGGUGGGUGCCCCUUAUCUUCGUGUCGAUGGAAAGACGGGAGACAUUUUCACCACAGAGAUUCCCAUAGACAGAGAGACCUUGAGGGACUGUCGAUCCCUGGGUAAGGGUAAGCUGUGCUACCUGGAAUUUGAAGUAUCAGUGACAGAUCUGAUACAGAACCAGAGCCCACGACUCAUUGAAGGACGCAUUGAGGUACAGGACAUCAAUGACAACACUCCACAGUUUCCCUCUUCUGUGCUCACCAUCUCUGUCCCUGAAAACACAAUAAUGGGGGCACUAUUCUCCAUACCUCUAGCUACAGACAGGGACUCAGACAGGAAUGGAGUAGCGGAUUAUGCUCUGACUGCAGGACCAGAUGCAGCAACCCUAUUUGGUUUGCAGGUGGCUGACGACAGGGGAGGGAAGCUUCCACAGCUCAUUGUCCUGGGCAACCUCGAUCGUGAGUUAAAGGAUUCCUAUGACCUCACAAUUAAGGCAGUGGAUGGAGGAAACCCUCAGCGCUACAGCAGUGCUUUGCUAAGAGUGGUAGUCACUGAUGUCAAUGAUAAUGCUCCCAAGUUUGAAAAGUCCACGUAUGAGGCGGAAGUGUCGGAAAACAGUCCAGUAGGGCACUCUGUAUUGCAGGUCAAAGCAAACGACUCUGACAUGGGGCCUAAUGGAGAAAUUGAGUACACCCUUCACCAAGCAGUAGAUCCAGUGCCAAAACUCUUACGAAUUGAUCGGUCCACUGGCAUUAUCUAUGUCAAGGGACCACUGGACAGGGAAGAAAUCAGCAGCUUGUCCUUCUAUGUGGUGGCGAGGGAUAAGGGUCCUCAACCUAAAAGCUCCAAAACGUUUGUAACCAUUGAGGUGACUGACCAAAAUGACAAUGCGCCAGCUGUCGAGAUUCGUGGGAUUGGCCUUGUCACACAUAGUGAAGGAGUGGCUAACAUUUCAGAGGACAUGCCAGUGGGAACAGCCGUCGCUUUGGUGCAAGUGUCUGACAAAGAUGAGGGAGAGAAUGCUGUGGUCACUUGUGUGGUUGCAGGAGAUGUGCCCUUCCAACUCCGCCCUGCUAGUGACUCAUCCAGUGACAACAAAAGGAAGUAUUUCCUACAGACCACCACUCCUCUUGAUUAUGAAAGAGUUAGGGAUUACAGAGUAGAAAUUGUGGCUGUGGAUUCUGGAAAUCCAGCACUCUCUAGUACAAACUCGUUGAAGGUGCAGGUUACUGAUGUGAAUGAUAAUUCCCCAAUAUUCUCCCCAACUUUGUUUGAAGUAGAUUUUGCUGAAGAAAACCAACCAGGGGAGAAGGUUUUGGAUGUUACAGCUUCAGAUGCUGACAGUGGCACUAAUGCAGAACUUCUCUAUAAUAUUGUGGCUGAUUCAUCCAUCAAAGGUUUGUUUGAGAUUGACCCAAAUACGGGUGAAGUAAGAGCUCGAAGCCCACUUGACCGUGAGCAUAAAGAACGCUAUGAGUUCCGGGUCACUGCAGCAGAUAAAGGGUCACCUGUUCACAAAGGAACAGCAACUGUUGUAAUAAAAGUCCUGGACCGCAAUGACAAUGACCCCAAGUUCAUGCUUAGUGGCUACAGCUUUUCAGUUUUGGAAAACAUGCCUCCUCUCAGUCCAGUUGGCAUGGUGACAGUCUUGGAUGUGGACAAAGGUGAGAAUGCUCAUGUUCAUCUCUCUGUAGAGCCAGAUGGAGGGAAGUUUGUUGUUCAGAAUGGAACAGGCACCAUUCUUUCAAGCAUCUCAUUUGACAGGGAGAAAGAAAGCAGCUACACUUUCCGUCUGAAAGCAGUGGAUGGAGGAGAGCCACCCAGGUCUUCAUAUGUGGGCGUUACUAUCAAUGUGCUGGAUGAAAAUGACAAUGACCCUGUCAUCACCAAGCCCUCCAAUUCCUCCUUCAGGCGCUUGUCACCUCUCGCUUCCCCAGAUAGCCACGUUGAGGUAGUUGAAGCUGAAGACCUUGACAGUGGGCCUAACGCAGAGCUUGUUUUCAGUAUUGCUGGUGGAAACCCUUACCAGUUAUUUCGCAUCUCCCCCUCCAGUGGGGAGAUCACUCUAGCAAAAGAGAUGACCCGAAAACACGGCGGACUACAUCGUCUGGUGGUGCGAGUGAGUGACAGGGGGAAGCCUGCACGUCAUGCCACUGCCCUGGUCCACAUAUAUGUCAAUGAAACCAUUUCAAAUGUCAGCUUAGUGGAGGCCUUAGUUGGACACAGUCUUUACACUCCACUGGACAGGGAUAUUGCUGGGGAUCCUGACAAUGGCUUUGCUGCACAGCGCAGCAAUAUUUUGUUUGGAAGCCUUGCUGGUGUGGCAGGUGUUGUCAUGUUGAUCUUGGUGGUGGUAUUUAUUCGACACCGCAUCCAGAGAGAAACUAAGAGUGGCUAUCAGGCUGGCAAGAAGGAAACAAAGGACUUAUAUGCGCCUAAACAGGCACCAAAGAAUGCCAAAGGCAAACGAGGAAGGAAAGGAAAACCCCAGAAGUCCCCAAAACCACUCGGGGAAGAAGAAGAGGUCAGCCUUCAAAAGAGUCUCAAGUUCAACCUUGAUGGAGUCAAUGACAGCCCCAGGAUACACCUGCCCUUAACAUAUUCACCAGGAAGCCCUGAUAUAGGCAGGCACUACCGCUCCAACUCCCCCUUACCCUCUAUCCAGCUGCAGGCCCAGUCCCCUUCAGCUUCACAGAAGCAUCAGGCUGUCCAGGACCUUCCUGCCACCAACACCUUUGUAGGAACAGGAGGAGAUGACAACUCUACUGGCUCAGACCAGUACUCAGAUUACAGCUACAAGACCAGCCAGCCGAAAUACAACAACAAACAGCACCCCCAUCGGCGAGUGACCUUCUCCACUGCCAACCCUGUGCAGGACUUGCAAGAUGCCUCUCAGCACAGCUACUAUGACAGCGGCUUGGAGGAAUCGGAGACUCCCAGCAGCAAGUCAUCGUCUGGUCCUCGCAUCGGGCCCCUGACCCUGCCUGAGGACCACUAUGAGAGAACCACUCCAGAUGGCAGCAUCGGAGAGACCGAGCACCCUGAAAAUGAUAUCCGCUCCCUCCCUGACGUUGCGAUGACUGGAAACUGUACCACCGAGUGCAGCGAACUGGGCCACUCAGACGCCUGCUGGAUGCCCGGGCAUCCCUCCCCCGUACGCAAGACCAGGAACCCCCCGAAACUCUCCACCUUCGUGCCUUACCAGGAGAGAGGGAGCCUGGGACGCCUGGCAAACGGGAGCGCCAGGCUGGGCGGCGAGGAGCACCGGUCGCGCCUCCCGCCCUCCCGCAGUGCCUAUUCCAACAGUGGUCGCGACGCCAGUCAGGACUGCCCCUUGGAGGAGAUGCCCCUGAGCGUAGCCUCUGAGUUCCCGCCCACCUCUCCUUCUGCCCACACUCCAAAAAGAGAAAUUUACCUGUGAAGAAUAUCAUCAUCCCAUUGGUGCACAAAUGAAGAAAAGAUACACUCACUUCAGAAGGAGAAACAGGCUGUCCACACGCUAAAGCCAAUGCCCAUUUUGUAGUUAACAAUAGGCUGUGACUCAUUCAAUCACUGGCAUGAACACUUCUUUUUUGUCAUCUCCUCCUUGAAUUAUUAAUUUAUGAGGAUAUUUAUGAAGAAUCCCACAAAGUUAAUUGAUGCACUUACUCUUUUAUUCAUAGAAAAUCUUGAAGGAUACAAUUCAAACUGAUCAAAAGGAAAUACAGAUGGCAAUUGCUACAUAAGUAGUAACUAAUUAUCGUUGUAGUGAGCCAAGUCCCAUUCCGUGAAGUGAUCUCUUGAAUUUGAAAGUUGUGAUCAGUGCUAUUGUGCCAUUAUUAGAUAUAAUUUAAUAGACAGCCAGCCAGGCCCUAUCAGAAGG